CUACUGGGCUAGAUGGACCUUUGGUCUGACCUAGUAUGGUCGUCAUCAUGUAAUGGCAGAUUCUCUCCCCCCCCCCCCGCCCGCCCCCGGCGCCGGCAGCCAGACCUGUCCUCACUCAGCAGUCAUCCCAGUGGGUUCUGUUCCCACACUGGAGGGGUGGGGGGACUCUGCUUAGAGCAGGAGUCUGGGAGUUGGGACCCCUGGGCUGUAUUGCUGGCUUUGCCAGGAACUGACCUUCACGUCCCAAGUGCAUGUCACUGGACAUCCAUGCCUCAGUUUCCCUUCAGUGUAAUAGGGUUGAUGAUUUCACCGGAGACUAUUUACAGGCCUCGAGACUCAGUUCCAUGGACAAAAGUAGCAGGGACGGGGUUGGGGGCAGACUCCGGAUCUCUUCUCUGUUGCAAGCACACUGAUAGCACUCCUAGCUAGCAUUGUGUACUGUGCCGGUGGUCCAGCUGUCCCUCUUUUGGCCUGGUGGGCAGUCACCCAGCAGCUCUAAUGCAAACGUAGGGGAAGCCUCUUAAGUUACUUAAAAGCCUGGGUGACACUAUUAGCACUGGCUCUGUUCUUAUCUGGCUUGCUAUGGAUGUUGCUUUCCGUUUUCCGGGCCCCAUGAUGAGCUCAGCCUCCGGCUGACACACUGCCCUGUCAUGCAGGCCUCUCUCCUGACACCAAACAGGAAGCGAGCCACAAAGGGAUUGUAGUCAAGUGUUGUGUACAGCCGAGGUGGCGAUAGUUCCUGCCCCGUUGGGCUGUUGCUACAGUCUGUCAGGGGCGUUUCCUAGCAUGUUGGCUGAGUUCACGUAGCAGCAAAACCAUUGCGGUGUGAGUUUUGGGCCGGACCCUGCCCCAGCAAGUUCUCUGCUUGGAAUGGGUGGCCGAGGAGGCAGAAUGCAAUGCAGCUGGGUCACCCCCGGCUUGCGCAGGUCUCGGCAGCGUAGGCUCUCAUUGGGAAAGGCAGGGCCAUCCUCGUAUUGUGCCCCCAAGGGGCCUCCUCAAUCGCAGGUGCUGAAUGAGGCAGCCUGGCUCUGCUGCCUUGCUCAGGAGAUCAGAGCAGUUCCAGUAAGUCUCCGGGCAGUAAGGAGCUGGGGAGAAGAGAUGGGCAGGUCGGAUGGGUUGGUAAAUGCUGAGGUGCAGAACAGCACAGAGCCCAGCUGUGUGGCGCCUGGCCUCCAGACUCUGCUUGAAGGAGGUGUGGGAGCCAGUUGCAGAGUGACCCUGCUUUGCAGCAGGAUGUGACUUGAAUUCGUUGCAAGAGACCCAUGUUAACCCAGUCAGUGCAUGUGAGCAGGGACUAGUCAGUGACUCCAAAUGCAGGUGAAGUGACAGCCAUCGUCACUGAGCUUUACUUAGCCACAGCUGGUGCUGUGCCAGCUUCCCUAAGCUGCCCUGCCAGCACACUGUAGCCCUGCUUGGCAAGGGCCAGCACUAGAGGCAAGGGGGGCUCCUGUUUGGUGGCAGAGACCAAGGGCUGAACGGCCCAAGGGUGCUGUGAUGUGAACAGCUGUCCCUGGGGAGCUUGCCUGUGAGCAACUGAACUCCCAUGGGGGCCACCAAACAGCGCCUGGUAAUGACUGAGCCGCUACUCAUCUGGGCCAGGGUUUGAACCCGUGACCUCCGGGAAGGAAACUGAGGGACUGUCACUCUGGAAGAAGGCCGCGAAACUGACUCCUAGCCUGGAACGCAGCUGGAGCUGGUUGGUCGGGCUGCAUGGGAUCUGGGCCACCCUUGUUGCUCAUGUCUCCAGUUCUGGGUUGCGAGGAAGAGUCGGUCUGGGAAUCGCACUGGGGCAGCUGCAGGUAGGGGGCGAGAGGCGCCCUGGGCUGGACUAGAGGGGCAGUCUGUGCAGACAUGGAAGAGGCUGUGUCUUGCGCCAGCCAGCCCGGUAGUCUUGUGGUGGUGGGAGGAGGGAAGGUAGAAGUGCCUUUGCUCACUACCUCUUUUCUGCCAGACAGGUUCUGCAGAGAGGCUGGAGGCAAAAGCUCCCGCAGGCACAGGCCGUGCAGCUGCCUUGUGGACUGGGACCGCAGCAGUCUGGGGGGCCAUGCGUGACUGGGCAAUUCCUCCUCUGUCAGCUGCAGCACGGCAGCGUCCGACUCCCUCACUUACUGAGGAGGGGAGCGGCUCAGACCCUCACCAGAGCGACUGGACUCCUGUUUGAGGCCUGGGUUCUCAGGACGCUGAGGCAGGGUCGGGUGGCACAGCACUGGCCUGUUGGGUCCAACCUGCCUUUGGCUGAAUGUCCCAGGAGUCGGGAUCCAUGUUCCUUGCUGCAGAGCAUCGACACAGCCCCGUUACACCAGGACAGCCUUAUAGCUGUUGCUCCAAAGGCCAGGCUUGCUGGGUUGCCCGUUGCUGGACACAGGUCUCUUCUCUCUCUGGCAAGGGUUCAGGGCAGCACUUGACUCAACGCUCCCUUGAUUGGCGUGGGGGGGCUCCUGCUACCUUUGCGCUGCGCUGACCUCUCCCUCAUGAGGCUGGGAGCGGCUCUCACUAGCCCGGCCGCUGCGGGUAUCUGCCGGCGCUUUUCCCUUUCACUGGCCAAGUGGCAGAGGGAAACGGCCUGUUGCGAGAGCCGGAAGCCCAUUCCUCCCCCGUGGCUGUUCGUAGGCCCCCAGACUUGUCUGUCCCAGGACACGCCCUGCCAGGCGAGAGGGAGGCUGAGGAACCUGAAGCGCUUCCAGCAAUGGGGGGCCAGUGGCAGCAGCUUGUGCCCUGGGCUGGGGCAACUGCACGGAGCUGUCAGGGCGCCCGGAUCAUGCUGCGUUUUAUUGAAGGAACUCUCUGGUCUCCUAAAAGCUGCUCACGUGUAUAGGCCGCGCCUGCAGGGCUGGACACUAGCCAGACGAGUUGUGGGCCCUGCCUGGGAACGCUUAUGCUUGCCUGUGGGAAUGAGGACAGGGCUGGGGGUGGGGGAGUCAGCACAAGCCUUUAGUGCCACUCCCUCUGAUCAGCCCUUGGGGGCAGGCCUAGCACAGGGGCUGCGGCUUCUAGUCACUUUAUCUCCCCCUCGCGCUCUUGCAGAAGUGAUGGCAAGUGCAUCGUAUUGUCCAGCACGUGUCUGCAUAACCCCUUCCCCUCCCUGCAUGGCGGUGGGGAGGGCUCUGUGUGCAUGGCAGGGUCGUUCUAUUGCGUGUGCUGUAACCUGGCCCUCCGCUCUGUCCCCGAGCGGGGGGUAGCACCCGCCUUGGGUGCGAGUGGCUCGUGUGACCCUGAGGGCUUACAGUGCAGGGGCACAUGCUCUUCCCUCUGGUCCAUUUUGUGUAUUCCCUGUAACUUGCCAUGAGGGGCCAGUGACCCCUGGGCAGAGCUCCCAUCCCUGCUCCUCGGGCUGCUAGCUGAGUAGGGCACCAUUCCCCCGGCGUGGGGCACAAAGGUCCCUGUAAGGCGGCAGGAUUCUCUCCGGAUGGGGCUGGGUGCAGCGUGCCCUUCUGGCGGAGGCUGUCACAGGGCCUGCGGCUGCUUUUCAGCCCUUUCUGCCUGAUCCGGAUUGUUCCGCAAGACGGUGCCGUGCCAGGGAUUAAAGACCCUGACAGGGGGGCUUGGUUCCCCUGACUUACCUGGCUGGUAACUGAUCCUCCCCCCACAUGCAAGAGGAGAGCAAGAGCAGACCCACUGCUAGGUGGCUCCCUCUGACCCAUUCCCCCGCAGCAUAUUCCUCACCUGGGGCAGUUCUGCUGAUCCUGGUUCCCCUUCCCUGGCUUGUCCUGGCCUUGCAGCUGCCUGGGCAAAGGGGGCCCUAUAGGGGCCUGCUCCGGGGGCUGGGAAAGCUCUUUCUUAAAUGGCUCAGUAGGGGAUGGCUGGGGGCUGACCCAUUUGAUAGCCCAGGAUGUCCCGUAGGUCCUGCCUCCUCCCCAGGACUCGCUGUCCGUGCUGCUGGAGAGGAAUCUGCCCUGCCAGCCAGGCAUGUCCUCUCCCUGUCCCCUGUAGCCAAGUUCGCGCAGGGUCCCCAGUGCUUGCAUUCCCAGGGGUGAAGCCCUCGGAGCAGACCGAUUGCUCACCCCUGUGCCAAGGCAGCUGGCCUCGUUCCACGGAUGGGCAGGGAGGCAGAAGCCGCUGCGGGUGAAGUUAUUUGCCCAGCCGGGGCUAGUGUCACAGCCAAGAGCAGCCCCUGGGAAUCCCAGCGGUGGCUGGUCUCCGUGAGCCUUGUACCUCUCCUGGCAGCGUUGGGGUGGGGUGGGCUCUGCACCCCUUUGAGAACUGUGGGUGCUGAUUGUUCUCUCUCCCCCCCAGGGAUCCGCUGCUGGGACAUCGACCUCGCCUCCUGCAACCUGGACGAGCAGCUGAAGCUGUUUGUGUCUCGGCACUCGGCCACUUUCUCCAGCAUCGUGAAAGGUCAGCGGACCCUCCACCACCGGGGGGAUGUCCUGGAGACACUGGUGCUGCUCAACCCUUCGGAUAAGUCCCUGUGCGAUGAGCUGCGGAACCUGAUCACGGACGUGUCCCAGCACAAGCUGCUGGUGUUUGCCGGGCCCUGCGUGGAGGAGACCGGGGAGCUGAUGCUGCAGACAGGCUGCUUCUCUCUGCGGGACUUCAUCCAGAUCUUCACAGACAAAGAGGUUGGGGAGAUACUGAGCUCUGCAGACCCUUCGGCCAAGGCCAGCCUGACCGUCAGCUGCCCUGACUUUGGGGAGUGGCAGGACUCCAGCCUGGAGCAGUACAACCUCCAGGACUUCAUUGAGCUGCGGAUCAACCCGGGCUGCACGCUGCCGGAGAUGGAGGGGCUGCAGGAGUUCGUGGAAUACCUCUCGGAGUCCCUGGAGCCACAGUCCCCCUUCGACCUGCUGGAGCCCCCGACCAUGGUGGGCUUCCUGAAGCUCUCCAAGCCGUGCUGCUACGUCUUCCCCGGCGGGAGGGGGGACACAGCCUUCUUUGCUGUCAACGGGUUCAACGUCCUGGUGAACGGGGGCUCCAACCCCAAAUCCUCCUUCUGGAAGCUGGUGCGCCACCUGGACCGGAUUGACUCCAUCCUGGUGACGCACAUCGGCACGGACAGCCUGCCGGGGGUCAACAGCCUGCUGCAGAGGAAGGUUGCUGAGCUGGAGGAGGACCCCUCCUCACAGGGCUCCCAGAGCAACGGGGACUGGGUGAAGAACCUCAUCUCCCCCGAGCUGGGCGUCAUGUUCCUCAACGCGUCCGAGAAGCUGAAGGGUAUUGAGGGAAACUCUAGGGUGCUGAAGAGCUGUGAUGAAGCCAGCCUGACUCUACGCUACCUGGAGAAGCUGGGGAUCAGGCCCAACCCACUCUGCAGGGACAGCGGCCCCAAGGUGGGGCCCACGGUGCUGUUCCAAAAGAUGGGCGUUGGCAGACUGGACAUGUACGUGCUGAACCCGGUGCGGGGCAGCAAGGAGCUGGAGUUCCUGCUGCAGCACUGGUCCGGCAACGGCCACCCCAGCGAGCAGGAGCUGCCCUUGCAGUGCCUGACCUCCAUCUGCGCCCUGCUGGUCUGGCAUCCUGCCAGCCCUUUGGAGAAGAUCAUCCGGGUCCUGUUCCCAGGCUGCACCCCGCAGGGCAGGAUCCUGGAGGGGCUGGAGAAGGUGAAGCACCUGGAGUUUUUGAAACACCCGGUGGUCACUGAGAAGGACUUGAAGGUGCUGGCUGCUCCCCGUUCCGAGAAGCAGCUCACGCCAAAGAGGGCGGAAAGCAAGGAGAGCCUCAAGUCGGCGUCCAAGGAGAGCCUCCGGUCCGCUUCCAGACUGAGCCUGGUGGAGGCCGGGCCCCCGGCUCCCAAGGAGAAAGCCCUCAAGUCAGAGAAGAGGGAGGUGAAGCCAGUGCCCAAGGAGAAGGCCAGAGGGCCGGGCGAGGUGGCCAAGGCAAGGCCAGAGGAGGAGAGAGCCGAGGAGCCCAGAGCCAAGCUCGACUCUUCAGCUGAGAAGCUCAAGCCAGAUGUGAGGCUGAAGCUGAGCAAGGAGAAGGCCCCGCCCAAGAAAGAGUCCCUGCCCCAGGAAGUGAGGAAGGAGGAGAAGAGGCCUCUGAAGAAGGAAGAUGGUGCUGAGGGGAAGGCAGAUGGCAGGAAGGAGGUGAAGACCGUGAAGAGGGAGGGGAAAGCCGAGCUGCUGCGGAAGGAUGCCAAGGAGAGCAAGGCUGAGGGGAAGGCUGCAAAGCUGCCUGCCCACAAGCUGCCUGGGCUGGAGCCCCGCAAGCUGGCCCUCAGGACAGGGAGCCUUAAGAAAUCCACUCUCAAGAAGGAGCCGGAGAAGCCCAAGGCCAAAGCGGCCAAGGAGGCAGGUGCAGCUGGCAAGAAGCCCCCGAGCCCUGAGGCUGGUGGGUCAGAAGGCUCCAAGUCGCUGUCCCUGGAGGCCCUGACACGGGAGGCGGCAUGGGCGGGCACCGAGGCCAGGCAGAAGGAGGAGUCAACAGACGAGGGGAUCACCACAGCGGAGAGCGAGCUGGAGCCGUCCCCGCUGGAGAACGGGGAGGCUGGGCAGUGUGCUGGCACUGAGGGCCCAGCUGGCUGCGCCGGGCUGGGGCCCAUGGAUUGCCAGGAGAACGGCCUCGACCCAGAGGAGCUGGACAGCCCCCAGGGGUUCCGGUACCUAGAGACUAGCCCACUCAAGCCCAUCUGGCCCCCUUCCCCCCUCGCCAAGACCCCCAAGAGUGACCACAGUGUGGACUUUGACCUGACGCCCACGGGGCUUCUCAACCACUGCCAGGAGGGCGCCGAGGACCCAUGCGGCAGCUCCGAGGAGAAGACCCUGGAGAUGAUGUCCCCCUCCAGCUCGGGGCCGGCCAGUGCCAGGCACACCCCGUUCCACCAGUCCCCAGUGGAGAACGCAGUCAUGGUAGAGGAGCUGGCGUCGGGCACCAACGACAACAAACAGUUCAACUCCUGUCAUUCCUCCCAGGAGAAGCAGGCGGGCUGCCUGUCCCUCAGCCCCUUCAAGGACGAGCUCCCUGACGUCUCGCCCACCAUCACCACCCCCUCGCUGCCGGCUGAGGUGGGCUCCCCCCACUCCACUGAGGUGGAUGAGUCGCUGUCGGUCUCCUUCGAGCAGGUGCUGCCCCCGGUGAGCGAGUCGCCCCAAGAGGAGCUGAACCGGCCGCAGGCGGGCGGGCUGACCCCGGAGCCAGAUGCCUCGGUGGGCAAAGGCGGCUUGUCCCUGCCCAUCCAGCCCUGCCACCACACCCAGCUGGGCAGCGACGGGGCAGACGGGCUGCGCCAGCACGGGCGCCGCUCCGACUCCCCCCACGACGUGGACCUGUGCCUGGUGUCGCCCUGCGAGUUUGAGCACCCCAAGUCCGAGCGCCCCCCCUCCCUCAAUGUCAGCCCCCGGGACCUGUCCAAUGACAGCGACCUCUCCCAGGAGCUGGCCAAGCCCCUGGCCCAGAGGAGAGGCCUGAGGAGCCAGGGCCGCCGGCUGCAGCUGCCGCAUGCCGCGGAGACCCCCCCCACCUCUGGGAGCGAGUCCCUCCCCACGCUCUCAGACUCAGACAUCCCUCCUGCCACCGACGACUGCCCCUCCAUCACGGCCGACGGCGGGCUGGACUCAGACGAGGAGUCGGAGCACCUGGCCAGGGGCCCUGCCCGGGCCAGAGACCCUCCUCCUGGCCCCCUGAAAGACCCCUGCCCCCUUCCUGCCCAACCUGGCAUCUGCAUGGUGGAUCCAGAGGCUGUGCCCUCAGAGCAGGCCCGCACAGGGAAGAAGGAGCCCGCUGGCAAGGUGAAGAGGACUCCCUCCCGCCUGGGCUCGGCCCCCAUGUCCCAGAAAGCCGAAAACCCCAAACACUCGACCCUGGGCAGCAAGGCCAGAGGCCCCAUGGGCUCAGCAGACAAGGUCAGGACGCUUCCCCCAGCCAAGGGCACCCCCAUGGAGAAGGGCCCACGCCUCGGGGCCGGCGGGGACACCAGAGCAUCGCUCAAGAGCCGCAGCGCUGGGGCCAGGCCGCUCUCGGGAGCCGGCAGAUCGUCUCCCGCAGGCUCCAAGGCCCUUUCUCCCCCCGAGCCGCCGAUCUACCUGGACCUGGCCUACAUCCCUGGCUCCCGGAGCGCCAGGACGGUGGACGAGGAGUUCUUCCGGCAGAUCCGCUCCCUCUGCUACGUCAUCAGCGGAGACGACCACGUCAAAGAGGGCGUCAUGCGACCCAUCCUGGACGCGCUGCUGGCGGGCAAACGUCACUGGGGGAGCGAUGUCCAGGUGACCCUGAUCCCAACGUUUGAUUCGCUGGUGAUGCACGAAUGGUACCAGGAAACCCACGAGCGCCAGCAGGAGCUGGGCAUCACAGUGCUGGGCAGCAACAGUACAGUGGCCAUGCAGGACGAGACCUUCCCAGCAUGCAAAGUGGAGUUCUGAAGGCAGCCCACGUUAACCCUUUCCAGCCAGACUUGGAGCAGGUGCUUUGGACCUUGCAGAGGGGAGAUCGCCCACAGUCGUCAUCACAUUGCAACCCAUUGGAAGGGGGGAGGGCUUGGCAAGGCCCCGUUGGCCAUGGGUGAUUGGGAAGAGGCACUGUAAGAUUGGAAUGAACUCUGCAUGGCCAGCUUCCUGCAAGAUAGGAGGGAAUCUCCCCUGGACUGGAAAGGGUUACACUGAGCGCUUGCCUCUCCCAUCCUGUGCACCACAGCCACUCACCGUCUGGUUAUUGCAUGCACACAGGCCCCAGCCUCUUGCUCUGUAUCCCUACAGGGGGCGGGGGGGGCUGGAUCGUGGGUUGGCAGGGUCUGUAAUCCCCACUGCUGGCAGAGGUGGGGAGCAGGUUCUGUGGCUGGGGGCCGAGGCAUGCUACAGGAUAGCUGUUCCUCGCCUCCCUCCCCAGCCCAGCCACUGCCCCCACAGCCUCUGUGUAGGGACAGGCAUGGCCUUCUUCUGUCCGCCCCAGUGAUGGAAACGGGACCAGUCUACUCUCCCUGAUGUCAAGCAGGUACCUUACACUGGUCAGGUGAUGCAGCAAUGGCCACCCCACUGCAGCAUCGCCCCAGGGCUCCUAAGGGCAGCCUGGACUGGGGCUCCAAUCGCUGGUGGCAUCCAGUCGCUUCCCUGUUGUGUGGCGACCAGUUGGAGUCUCAUCCUCUGGCUGAGGGCACAAGUGAAACGAGUCUGUGAGUCAUACACCCCAGUGAUGCCCCUGACAGCAUGACCAUGUGCCAGGGAGGGGGGCUGCUAUAGUGGUGGGGGGGCUGUAUCCCAGUUGACUGCCCUUCCCCCAGCUGCUAUUAGUCUCCUUUUUGUGCCCCUUAAAACUAAAGUCCCAACUGUCCUGUUGCCCCCACAGAGAUGCCAGGUUCUCAGGUAGACACGAUCUCUCUGACCCAGAUUAAGGGAGGUUGGAAGCUGAAUUGGGGCGGGGGGGCUGGACUGGGCUGAUGGUUUCCUGCCUUCCAAAGCAGUGGAGCAUGGAGUGGGUUCUCCCUGCAUGGGGUGUGGAACUGUGACCCCACCCUGCUAGAGCUUUCCCAUGCCAGCCCAGUCUCCCUUGCCUGGUGGGGGUGGUUGGGCUGGCAACCCCAGCCCCACCCCAUGGCGGACCUCAGAAGCCCUAAUGUUGCUGUAAAUGUUUUAAAGCCAAAUUUCACGGGCCUUUUGAAAGUUCAUGUUAAGUGUGAUCGCUGGGAGCAGAGGGCCUGGGUGUGGGGGGAUGGGGGGUGUGAGUGUCUCCCGGGGAGGAGGAGAAUUGUAGUUGUCUUGUAACAGUCCCCCCUCCCCUUCUCCAAUCCCUGUGUCAAAACUGACCGGGGGUGCUCCCGACUUCAGCUAAUAUCCCCCUUCUGCAAACCCUGCUGCUCCUGUCUCCCGUACCCUGCAUCCCUGCUGCUGACCCCAGCCGUCUGCGUGGGCCAAGCAGAUCUCAGGGGGCACCACUGGGCAUGAAACUUGUGGGGGGCCUGAAUCCCCAGCCACGUUCUAGCUUCUCCACAGCUUUCGCAUCUUUCUUUUUCUCUAACUCAUCUUGAAGAGCAAGUUUGGGGAGAGAAUGUGACACUAACCUGUUCUGUAAGUUUGCAACUUACCUUUUUUGUAAAUUUUUUUUAAAUGAAGAAAAAAACCAAAACUGCUACACACAGAAGGUUCUUAUUUAUCUGCUUACCACUGUGAGGCACCAGUGCGCCCCCCCGGGCGAGCUGCUGGGAAGGGGGGCUCUGCAGCUCCUUGCAGAUUUCAUCCCCUCUUGUAUCCAUGGCAGAAGGGUUUAAUCCUGUUCUCAGUGCUCGCCUGGCUGGGCUUGGAGGCCUUUUUACAUUUGAUUGUAUUGUACUAUGUGUCUAGGAGAUGUUUGGGGGGGGUGGGUGGGGAAAGGGGAAUUGAAUGUUACACCUUUUAGUGCUUUAUAUAUUUUCUUAGCUAGAAGAUGUUUUUAAAGAGGGGGUGAGGGAAGGAGCUCAUGAGGUUGCCCCACCUUCUUAUAGCUCAAAAUGUGGGGGGUGGUAACCACCUGUUUCUCCACCCCUUUGUGACUUCUCCCAGGCCGGGGCAGGGGGUGGGUUCGCUAGAAGUUUUAGGCACCGACACACACGCGCCACGAUGUUGCACACACGAUGUUAUGGUUUGGUAAAUGUAUUGAACAAGCAUUAAAGAAACACUAGCCCAA